UGUGCUUUUUGUGAUUUUUAUUUUUCUGUUUUUUUCUUAUUUAUUUAUUUAUUUAUUUAUUUAUUUAUUUAUUUAUUGCUUUAUAUGUUGUCCGGAAGAUAGUUCAAGUCAUUGAUCUGCCCCCAAAAUCUGAGCUUUGCUACUAAUACUGUAAACAGUCUUAGUGUAUGCAUUCAAUAAAAUAACUUGGUUUUUUUUUUUUUAGUACGAUAGAUGCUUUUGUGUUUUGUGGGGUGAUCCAUGAAACAGGAGUGAAGAUGCUUGUUUCUUACUCUGUCCACUGAGUUAUAUCUCUAGGCUUGUCCUACUUCUUUGGCUGCAUACCCCUCCACAUCUGCUGACUAUUUUAUUUUUCAGAUGAAAUCACACGUUAUAGCUUAGAGAGGCCUGUAAGCAAUCCUGCUUUGGUAACUUAAGUGCAAAGAGGAAUGCCCCACACUCAGCCUGAGGGUGCAUUCUCUGGUAGAUCCAAUAUUUCAGUUUCCUCUGCUAACAGAUCACCACAUUGUUGCCAGGACCAUAAUGAAUGCAAUUCUUUCUCCUAAGGAAUCUGGUGGCAACUGUCAAAUGUUAAGCACAAAGCUUCAGGUUGUACCUAUAACACACACCCACAUCGCAACCUACCCGAUAGGCUAUUUCUGGGUGUGAUUUCAUGCACCUGCACAUGAUGAGACAGGAGAAUUCUUUGGCUACUUAUAGGAACUGGUGUGAUUUCUCAGUAAUCUUUAAUGGGUAAUAUUGCUGACUGAGGAGAAUUUGAGGUAGGAUGAAACAUUUCUGUGCAGGGAUUGGGGAGGAAGCACUCAUUUAGAUACAUAGCAAUGACUUAGGUUUUUCCAAUCAAGCCUAGAGCCAAAUUUGGCUUUGGAAGCAUGUGGUGCUCAGUGGCUAUGCCACAGGGAAGUCUCCUGAAAAGGGCACAUCAGCUUUUGCUCAGUACAGGGAGAACAUUAGCAGGGAGGCAAAGUCUGUUCUCCAUGACAUCAGCAGACCCUUCGUGGACAUUCUAUUGUCUCAUAGAGAGACCGUGGUAUCCCUGUGAUGUCACCAGUAUCGUUGUGACAACCAAUUCCCUACUUUUUCACUUAGUGUCCAAACCAUAUAUCCACAGACAUGUUUGCCCAUCUUUGUAGGCGCUUUGGGAGAGUUGAUGUUGAUAGAGAAGAGUCUAGAGUGAAGCAAAUGAAACCUAAAGAGGUCUGCAGACAGACAUCAUCCCCUGAAAAUGUCCUAAACAUGGUGCAGGCCAACCAGGAAGAGGAGAGGCUGAAUAGAGAACUGGAGCUAACUACCAAGGAGAGAAAUGAGCUGACAGAUCGCCUCCUUUAUGUGACAGGUGGAUCCAUGAGCAAGAGCCCGUACUUCAGGCCAAAUCCAUUUUAUGAAAACUUGAAGAUAAAGGAGAAAGAGGUCAUGUGAUUACUGCACAACUUAGACACAAAGAACAUUGAACAUCGUGAGAAAUUUCAGGAGCUCAGGAAGGAGAUUAACUUCUAUCGCAACCUGCACAGCCGGCUCCUGAUGGACCAGGCAUGUAUGAAGAAGAAGUUGGUCACAUUGAAGCAGGAGAGCAAGGAGUCACAGCGAUAUUUGUUUGAGUUGAACCCGAAUGAUGAAGACGAACAGGAGAAGACCAGCAACCUCCAGACCCAGCAAAAUGUGGUCUCAGGAACUGCAGGAGACAUGGCAUAGAAGGGAUCCCAGGAAGACAGCCCCGUGAGGAAUGAGUUUCUCUCUCAGGAGUUCCCUGUGACGACAAUCCUCACAGUCAAAGCCUUUUGGGGGGAAUAUUCUUCUUCUCAGAUAAUUUCCUCAAUGUAUAGAGACCCUAAAUGUAUGUAUCCAUAUACCAGCCUGUCUCAUUGAGGUCUUUCUCCUUUCUCAUACCGACAACACCAUUUGAGAGAAAACUGAGGGGACUACCUUGACAUCUCACGUCCUAGAGGAGAAACAGCACUACAACUGUGUUUCUAAAUGUUCAUUAAGAAAAUGCUGUUAAGAAAUGUUUUUGGUUAUGAUUUUCAUUGAAGUUUUCUUUUUGUUAUUUCAUAGUUAUAUAUUCUUGUUACUUUUUUUCAUUUUUUAUACCAUUUUAGUUGUUCAUUUUAUGCCUGUUUUUUGUAAAUUGUAUUCCUUAUGAAUAAAAAUUGAUUUGUAA